CCUUUUAAUACCUCACAAAAAUUAUACAAUCUCCCAAAACUCCCUGCCCAAAAUCAUACACAUAACAUAACAUAACAUCACAUCAACCAAUAUGGCAAAAUACACCACCCCUUUCCUCCUCCUCUCCCUCUCCCUCCUCCUCCUCCUCGCCGGCAGUGUAUCGAGCUGCCGGCGAUGCUCUAGGGCUAGAGCAUUCGUCAUUAUCUCAUGUAGAACCACCCUCUACCCUAAAGUAUGUGAAAAUUCUCUUUCAAGAUAUGUAAACUCAACCAACCUUAGCCAUAAACACCUAGCUCAAAUCGCGUUACGCGUAAGCAUAACUGAGGCUAGGUUUACACGAGCCUACUUAACCAAGAUGGCUCGUAGGCUAAGAAGAGUGCAUUACGAAGAAGCUCAAGCAAUAGGAGAUUGCAUAGACCAAAUAAAUGAUAGUGUAUUUCAACUUAGACUAUCAUUGAGAGAACUUCAAAGAUGUAGUGAUCAAAUAACUUAUGAUAAUUUUUCUUGGUAUACAAGUAACGUAGAAACUUGGACUAGUACUGCACUUACAGAUCAAAUCAAUUGUGCCGCCGCUUUCGAAGGUAACGUGCAUGGCAAGAUUGUAAGAAGUAGGGUUAGGGCAAAGGUUGAUGGUGUUACCCAAGUUACAAGUAAUGCUUUGGCUUUGGUAAAUCGCUUUAUUAUGAGGCAUAGAUUUACUCGUGCAAAAACUCAUCUUAGGCCUUAAGAUAAUGGAGGUUUUUCUGGUGAAGGUGAUUGCAUGGAUAAGUGUUUAAAUUGCUAUAAAUUAGUCUUAUAAUAUAUAUACUAUAUAUAUACUGUUAUGAAUUUAUUUAUUUAUUAUUUAGUUGUGUUUUAAUUAAUUCUUUGGAUCUACAAAGCAUGCUUUGUUGUUGUUGUUUAUACUACAAAGUUUACAUGAUGAUCUAUAAAGUUACUGUAUACUGAAAGUUGUAAUUAUGAGUAAUAAUAUCAGCAAAGUUUUGUAAUAAUGGUUAU